AUGGCAUUUCUAAGAAAACUCGUUCAAUCUCACUCUUUUCAUUUUCCACUUUCUCACCUCUUUCUUCGGUUCAAAUAUAAGACUCACUUCAUUCCUAAAAUAGAGGCUCUCCGUGCUCCUGCCACACUUUCCCUUGGUCCUCGUCGUUUCGGAAAGACACUAUUCCUCUCUACUUUGUCCUCUUACUAUGACGUAAAGAACAGAGAACGAUUUAAACAAUUAUUCCAAGGACUAUAUAUCGGAAAAAAUCCUACACCAUUAACGUCUGAGUUCCUCGUUCUCGAACUCAAUUUGCUGGACUUCGCACUAACGGAACAAUUAAGGGAUCAUUUCCAAGAUGUUGACGAAAAUAGAAAUGUUUGUGAAUUUCCGGAAAUUAUUGAACGCGGUGAUAUUAACUCUAUGUUUGCAUCGAUGAAUACGAUGUAUGAACGAAGCCCUUACAAACCAAACACCCCUCCAAGCUCUCACCAAUCAUCACAAAAACGAAGUAUAUUGAAGACUGCUUGUGAUGGAGGCAUAACUCGUGUUUUCUUAACUGGUGUGACUCCUGUCGCUAUGGCUGAAUUCACCUCGGGUUUUAACAUUUCGGUAGAUUUGACGCUAGACGAAGAAUUUUGGGACUUAUAUGGAUUCAAGAAAACGGAAAUUGAGAUUCUCUUGGAUAAGGCUUUUGGAAAUAAUUUAUCAGAUAAUAUUAAAGAGAAAAUAAUGUCAUGGUUAAAGGAGGAAACGAUGGGUAUUUUUUUCACCCCAAACUCAUCACCCGCAUCAUUACAACACAGUUUUCGAAUACCAAAUCUUAUUGCCGAGAGGGAGUUUAUCGCAGAGGCGCUUAAGAUUUAUGACUGGAGAAAGGAGGAUUUAAUACCUGUACGGAAUUGUUUGCAGAUUUUGGAGGCAGAAUAUAACAUUGAACCUCUUUGCCGAUUUAUAGAAAAAGCUUUACUAAAGCCAUUAAAGGACAAUAGUUUUAAGCAUUCAAACGAAGAGGCAUUGAAACAAGCUUUUAUGGAUACUUUAAUUCUCAUUCUUCACGCAGAUAUUGAACCAGAAUUUCAGGUGUAUUCUCAGAGCUCGAAUUUUGGUGGAAAAGCCAUUGAUUUAGUGAAGUCAAGUACCGGAAAAAUGAUAGCAAUCGAAUUUGAUAAUAUCAAAAUGGAAAAUGUUAAAUUGGACGGAGCUCGAGGUAGUUGGCAGGAAGCAACUGACGUUUCACGAUCAUUCCUUGAAAUUGGUGAUAAAUACCGGCCAAAUCAAAAGACAGUUCGUGAAGCUUUAGAAUCGAAGAUUAAAAAGAAAAGCAACGAGUAUUUAGAUCCGUUAAAAAAUCAACACGAUGCAGAAUUGAGCUAUAUUAAACACAGGAUUACAAAAUUAAGUUUUGCCCCAUAUUUGUGUAUGCAUUAUACAUUAUUAAGCAAUAAGUUUUAUUUUUCUGAUGAUAUACAAAUCAUACAUCCCACACCACAUCAUGAGAUAGAAACGGAAUCCGAUUUAUCCGAUCCCGAGUGA